GAGUUGAGCACAUUACGCAGCAUUCGCAAACCCCGAAAAUCGGGAAAUUCGAGGGGGACUGGAAAAUAAACGAAGAGACGUCGGCGCAUUGACCCGGAGGUUGGUGGCGUCUGUUGCCACGCAUACUGCGAUCCGGAGUUUGCAAAAACAGUUUCGUGUUAGUUAUCGGUCACACGAUAUUAGACAUUAACAAAUACGUGUAAGUAUAUGUGGUUUAUGUGUGGUCUGGAGGCAUGUGACGGGUUUUGAUGUGUCGGCUGAUAUUUCCACACGUCCGCUCGCGCCUAAGGGAAAAUUGGCAGACUUCUAUCGAUCGUCAGGGAAGUAUAACGACCAUGUUAGCUAAAAGUGGGAAUACUUUAGAGAAGUAUUACAGCAAUUGGAGAUGAGAUUUUCCGUCUUGAGUUUAAUGCUGCUCUCGUAUUUCCCCCUAACGAUACCCGGUCAACUUUUACAACCGCCUCGCAAUUUUUUUCCUGAUGAGGACGAAGAUGAACCUACAGAAAUUGAUCAAGAAAAUGAAGAAACUAAUAGUACAGAAAAAGGAAUGUACGUGGGAGCGCCUUGCGAAUUCACAUGCAACGCCAAAUUGCACCACGUGUUCUGCAACCCUGUCAGCGGAGAAUGUGAAUGCGAAAAGAAAUAUCCAGUCAAGCUCAACCCUUACACUGGAUGCAGUAAACCCAGAGGAUUGGGAGAGAUAUGCUACUACAAAGAGGCAUGUAGAUACUCGGACCAACACUCGUCGUGCAUUCAAAUUCAUCACAACGCAAUCUGCCAAUGCGAAACUGGCUUCCAUUCAGUGGCUCUCCAGAAGCCUUCGAAAAGAAUAUUCUGCGCUGAAGAUCUGGUCGCGAUGACGACAGAUUUCACCACCUUUGCUGGCGUCCUCUCGGGUAUAGCGAUUUUAACGGGUCUCAUUUGUUUCGUCCUACAUUUGUUCAAUCAGAAUCUUUACGGAAGCAAUCGUCGCAGGAGGCAUCGGUUCGGAAAUGCAAAUCUGGCUCCUCCUAUCUUAUUUUCCAGUGACGCAGAAAUGGGACUCCUUCUAGAUUUUGGAUCUUUACCGUUGCCGAUCAUCGAUCGAAGCUUGACGUCAGCAUCCCGAACAUCGAGUCGCAGAACGCUGGCAUCGAUUCAGUCGCGUAGGGCCAGCAGUGCGCAGGGUUGCCGCGCAGGCGUCUCUGUCGUUUCCUCUUCCAGAACAGGGUCUCGAAGGCCUAGCAUCACGUCUAUCCACAGUGGUAGUUCAAUAAGGAGCUAUAGUGCACGGAGGUAUGAGAAAGAAAGACUCGAAAAAGAGGAAAGAGAACGAGAAAGAAGAUUAGGAAGAUUUAGUGCGUCAAGUUCUAGAGAUAAGGUAGCACCAAGCCCUAGCCCUCAUUCUACUGAUGACCUCCUUCCAACUCUAGAGGAAGAUAAGCAGAAUGAGAGUAGUUCAUGGCCAACUGUUUACUAUGUACCUCCACUAGCUAUUAGAGAAGAAUCUUCAUCAAGUUUUCAAGAAGAAACCCCUUCCACUUCAAAACAAUAUACUUAAUGAAAUCAGUAUUAAAAUAUAGUUGCCUACUAAAUGAUAACGAAAUGAUAUAAAGUGAUAGUUAUGUAUGCCAGAAUUAAACAUAAUUAUUACCUAAAUAAUGACAAAUAGGUAUGUUCAAACAUUAAAAAAUUCUUUGUUAAAAAUGUAUAAUUCGAAAUGGAUUUUUGAAGGAUGAAUGUUUCCUUUCGCCAAUAAUAUUACGAAAGACAUUUCAAUUAGACUAAGAUAUUUCAGCGAAAAAUGAUUGUCACAUAAAAAUAUAGUGCUAUUCUGAGAUACUUAGUCAUCAAACUUUCUUCUACAUAACAAUAAUCGAUGAAUGUGCAGUUAUAUCUCUAAAACGAAGCCAGUACUUUUAUUGAAUUGGAAAAAAGGGAAAUUUCCGAUCGGAAAAUUUUAUUGGGAUGUAUAGACUAGCUUACAAAAAGUGUGGGAAUCUGUUGAUGUGAAUAGAAAUAUCUUUAAUGCCAGAUCAAUAAAAUCGACCUAAGUAUAUAUCUUAUAUAUGUCCAUACAUAUCUCCAAGCUCAAUUUUUAGAUUAUUGAAUUAGCAACUGAUGUAACCUUUGAAAUCGCAUUUUCAAUGCAAUACCAGGGAAUAAAAAAUUGCUCUUAAAUGUACCUACCCUAAAUCAUGGCAAUCAUAUCACGAAUGAUAAAUCUGCAUCUGGUAUAAAUGGAGAAUAUAGAUCUUCCUUACGAUUGCACUGUUCUAUCAGCCAAUUCAAGAUGGAUCAUUCAUGCAAUCUUUUGAUAGUCUUCCACCAAGAGCAAGAAAAAUAUUCUCUGAAUGUGAAUAAUUCUUAGAUUAUUUAAUCUGAAUGACAUUAUUGGAUAAUAAGUCGACAGGUUCCCGUAUCUUUAUUUUUUGACCUGCUGCUUGAUAUUACCUUAUCAUUAUAUUGUCAUCGUAGCUUGGAAAUUUUUGGAAACAGUUUUAUGUUAUCGUGUGGAUAUCAAAUGGAAUUAUUUUAACUUAAGGUGUACUUAGAUUAUUAAUUAUGAAUUUUUAUGAAUGUUAAUAUUAUUUGUAAAUUUUUACGAGGAACAAUGUUGAAUGUUAAAAAGUACAGAAUAAAACUUAAUGAGUACAUGAAAUGAAUCAUUUGUACCUAAUUGAAUUUAUUGUGCUCUAAUAAAUGGAAUGAGUACUGUUAA